AACUGAUUAAAUCUAUGUGUCUGUGUUGUAUAUCUAUGUGUCUGUUUUAUGUGUUUUUAUGUUGUCUGACUAUGUGUAUUUGAUGGAUGUGUGUGGUGUUUCUUGCUUAGUUUGACUUUGAAGUGGCAAUGGAAUCAAUUAAGUUUUUGUCUGAAGAAGCAUAUGAAUAUCUAGCUGAGAUCCCAGCUCAACACUGGUCCAGACAUGCAUUUAGUCCAUUCCCAAAGUCUAACAUGUUGCUCAACAAUGUAUGUGAGACUUUUAAUGCGGUCAUCAAAGAAGCAAGGGAUAAGCCAAUUUUGACUCAGAUGGAGUGGCUUAGGAGGUACAUGAUGAGAAGGAACCAUGAGAAAUGGGAGAGUUAUCAGGAAAUGGAAGGUAAGGUUGUUCCUUAUGUGAAGAAGACAUUUGAAAGGAUAGAACCUGCUGCUAGACAUUGCAUUGUGCAGAUUUCAAGGGGUGAUACUUAUGAGGUAGAGUUGAACUCAGACCUAGUGACAGUUGAUCUCAGCAAACAAACAUGCUCAUGCUACCACUGGGAGCUAACAGGCAUCCCAUGUGUGCAUGCAUAUGCAUGCAUCAUGGACAAGAGGGCUGACCCUGAAGAUUAUGUGGAUGAUGCAUAUCUUGUGUCCACUUAUAUGCUUGCACACAGGCACGAAGUGGCAGCUAUGCCUGGUCCACAUCACUGGGAGAAGGUGAAGCUGAGGCAACCUCUGCCACCAGCAGUAAAAAUUCAGCCUGGGAGGCCAAAGUCAAAAAAGAGAAAGUUGGAGAAAGGGGAAGUGGUUGGUGGUAACCAGCAAGAGCAGCAACAUUUGAAAAGGAGGAGCACUUGCAAGAACUGUGGGCAAUUGGGACACUAUGCUAAGACAUGCAAAAACCCACAUGUGGCUCCUGUUGCUGUCUCAUCCCCAAAAAAAGAAGGAGGAAGACCUGCUGUGCACAGUGAAUGGAUGAAUGACCAGAGGAAGAAGAAAGCAGAAAGAGCUUUGAAAGAGAGUGCCCUUGGUGGUACACCAGGACCCAACAGUAUUGCUAAUAGGAGGUUCCCUCAGGAAGAGCAGCAGAAGAAGCAGCACACUACUCAGCAGUCUCAAAGUCAGCAGACUCUGCAUCAAGAGCAGCCUCAGAGUCAGCAUCAGCAGAGUCAGCAACAACAGCAGACUGACCACCAUCAGCUGAGCCAGCUCACUCAAGCAUCAGUAACAACAUCUCCCACUACCUCAGCCAGACCACCCAGAACCAAGAUGAAGCCUCUUAGACUUAGGAAGUAGGCUGUUAGCUCAGAGCAGCCUCUUAGAAUUAGGAAGUACCUUCUGCUGACCCAUAUAUUUGAUUUUGCCAAAUGUAAUUUGAUGUGGCUGUAUUUUUAUAUGAGCUACAAGACAGUUUAAGUAUUAGUAUUUUGGACAUAAGUGGUUGGAUUGUUAAUUGAGUCCCUUAUGUUUUGAAUUUGACAAUAGCACUGACAUAGUGCAUUAUUAGUUGAAAUAUAUGGGUCAU